AAAUUUAUUAGUAAAUUGUAUUUUGGUGUACGCAACUUUAGCCUUUGCCAAGGCAGUUAGAGUUAGCUCCCUUAGCUCCCCAUGCUAGUUCCGGUCUUUUAACAGCAUUAGCAGAGCAAGAUGGCAGCAGCCUCACAGUGCUUUAUAUAAAUAUAAAAUCCAGCGACAUCGCGAUGAACGCGUACAAUCUAAGAGAGCGAUCAAGCUCACUAAUGACAUUUCUCCAAAAUUGUGACAGCGAGGAGACCGAUGAUAAUGUACAUCGGAAAGAAAAUGCUUCUCAAUCUAGUGACGAACAUCAGGGUGAUGAUGGCCGGCAUGGUGCCUGUGGAGGCCCACCACCAUCAGCGAUGAGUGACAAACCAGAAGCCGAGCUCGAAAAGGAACUCGAUAGUUUAAAAGCGGAAUUAAAAAAAGGGGCUUUCUGCAAGGAGAUCGAAUAUUGUCGGCGGAAAAUUUAUGAACAAAAUCGCCCCUUCGUCUCCGCCCCUCCACGUGAUCGCCAGGAGGGUGGGUCAUCAACAGAGAGAGAACGACCCAGCACUUCAGGUGGUUCAAUGGUGGAGGAACUGGAGAGAGCUGCAAUGAAAUACAAAGACAAGGCAUGGGCUAGUACUACAGCAUCCACUUACCGUACACAUAUGCAGUGCUACUUAACUUUUUGCGGAAGUAUUAACUGUACAUCUGUCCCAACAGCAUUGAAAGUCCUUCAACUAUGNGUUUAUAUGCUGUAG